GCCACGCCCCCCGGCAGCGGCGUGCAGGCUCCGAGAGCGCGGGAAGCACGGGCCCGCCGCGGGGCGCCGGCUUCCGGCCACCCCCUUCCGCGCCCGAGUGCCGCUGUCGCUCCCCCUCCCUUCCUCCUAGAAUCGAGGGCUCCAUGGGCGUCUCCCGGCUGUACACCCUGGUGCUAGUGGUGCAGCCCCAGCGAGUCCUCCUGGGCAUGAAGAAGCGGGGCUUCGGAGCCGGCCGGUGGAACGGCUUUGGCGGCAAAGUUGAAGAAGGAGAGACCGUCGAGGACGGGGCCAAGAGGGAGCUGCAGGAGGAGUGCGGCGUGACCGCGGACACGCUGCACAAGGCGGGCCGCAUCGUGUUUGAAUUCGAGGGCAAGCCCGAGCUGAUGGAGGUGCACAUCUUCCGUGCGGACUGCGUCCAGGGGACCCCCGCGGAGAGCGAUGAGAUGCGGCCUCAGUGGUUCCCGCUGGACUGCAUCCCCUUCUCUGACAUGUGGCCAGAUGACAGCUACUGGUUUCCCCUCCUGCUUCAGAAGAAGAAAUUCCACGGGUACUUCAAGUUCCAGGGCCAGGACACCAUCCUGGACUACAAGCUGCACGAGGUGGCCGACGUGUAGGGGCAGACCCCUGCCCACGCUGUGUGCUGGGCCCUGGGCCGCGCCGCACCUGGGGUUUGGAAUGUGAUUGGAGAAGGAAAAUGUAAUAAACGUCUUGCUUU